UGUCUAGGCGCGAAAGUGCCCCUGAACAUGUCCAGAGUGCAUUUUGCUGUUGCCAUUGACUGAGCGGAGGGAGUCCCUAGUCUUGGGAAUUAGGCUUCCAGGCCAGAGGGGCGUGUUCUGGGUUUGGCUUGGGCCUUAGCGCCUCUUCCUACCACCCGAAAUGAAGCGGAUGGGAAUGAUGGAGUGCGAAAGCGGCAUACUGUGACGGUAUAGAACAUGAAGGCUGACGAGAGGAGGUGGUCCAGCCAAGGUUUGGAGGCUUUGCACUAGCAGCAUACCUUGGUUUGCUGCUCGUUUUGCUCCUUGUUGCGUUGACCACCAGCGGUAAAGUGUUUGAAAACGGUCAACUCGGGAGGAAGGAGCAGUUUUCUUUUUCUGGAAAUGAUAAUUUGUACUGUACAAAAGUGAGGUGCUUUACUGCUGGAAUGAAUUACUUCUAUUACGAAAUAGAAUCUGAAACAUACCAUCAUGAACUGCUGACAGAAGUUUGUGCUAAGAAGAAGGAUCUACAGUGAUCUCUAGUCUCUAGUAGGAAUUUUAGCAACUAUUCUGUUGUUUUUGGAGCCUGUGGGAUUGCUGUCUUCAAGCAAGUAUUUUGUGAUUUCAAACUUGAUGCUAAGCAGUGCUUGAAUUACACCUGGUAUUUGAGGAAACGGAUUCUUUGCUGUGUCAUCAGUCAUUAAAUACAGACAAGCUAUUAUGUCUAAGAAGCAAAACCAAAAAGAUUCAUCAGGAUUUAUUUUUGAUGUUCAGUCCAAUACCGUGAUGGCUCAAGGUGGUAUAUUUGAAAAUAUGAAAGAGAAGAUCAGUGCUGUAAGGGCAAUAGUCCCUAACCGGAGCAACAAUGAAAUUAUCCUAGUGCUGCAGCACUUUGAUAACUGUGUAGACCGAACAGUGCAGGCUUUCAUGGAAGGCAGUGCAAGUGCAGUAUUAAAAGAAUGGACCGUGACAGGCAAGAAAAGGAACAAAAAGAAGAAAACCAAACCAAAGCCCCCUGCAGAGCUGAGUGGCAGCCUUCCUGAUCCCAGCAAGCUAGCAUCCACUGAAGAGGAACAGUCUGCAGCUUCAUCAGAGAAGGGUGGGAUCAAUGGUUACCAUGUCAAUGGCUUGGCCAAUGACACUGAAUCUGUAGACUCACUCAGUGAAGGCUUGGAUACACUUUCAAUAGAUGCCAGAGAGUUGGAGGAGAGUGAACCUGCAAUGCCUGAGGUGCUUGAUGGAGCAGCAGCAUUUGAGUUAGAAAAUGGAAUAACAGACUUCAGUUCAAAGUCUACCACCAUGCGGUCUUCCCAGAAUACUCAGUCUUUAAGAGCACAGCCUGAACUGAGGAACCCUGGCAAGCCACUCUCCAGAUCUGUCUCAACCACCCUGGCAUCUCCUCCUCCAUCUCUGGCAAUGCUGGAUGAGGUCCCUGUGACCUCUGGAAACAAAAAGCUAGGUUCCAAUAUUGAAAAAUCUGUGAAAGAUCUCCAACGAUGCACUGUUUCACUGGCUCGGUAUCGUGUUGUAGUUAAAGAAGAAAUGGAUGCUUCCAUUAAGAAAAUGAAGCAGGCAUUUGCAGAGCUCCAGAGUUGCCUCAUGGACCGAGAAGUUGCUCUUCUAGGUGAAAUGGACAAAGUAAAAGCAGAAGCAAUGGAAAUCCUAGGCAGCCGACAAAAGAAGGCUGAGGCACUGAAGAAGCUGACUGACGUGGCAGUCCGAAUGUCAGAGGAGCAGUUGGUAGAGCUUAGAGCUGAUAUAAAGCACUUUGUUAGUGAGCGCAAGUAUGAUGAGGAUCUUGGAAGGGUGGCUCGCUUCACUUGUGACCUAGAUGCGCUGAAGAGGAGCAUUGAGUCCUUUGGACAAGUUUCUCAUCCAAAGAACAGUUAUUCAACCAGAUCACGGUGUAGUUCUGUCACUUCCGUAUCUGUAAACAGUCCAGAUGAGUCUACCACCACAGUGUGUGCCUCUGCUUCUUCUCCAAGCCUUAUAACAGCCAAUAAGAAACCAUCUUCCCCAGCAGAAACCCCUGUAAAUGAAACAAAUCGCCCAUACCAGCCCUACCGUGAGGGGUUCCAAGGUAAUAGAAGACCUAGUCAAGGUUACAGGACCCAAGGACGACAAAAUGGGCCUUCUCAUCCCAGUUCAAACCGGUACAGAAACGGGCCUUGGUAUCAGUCCAACUCCAGGUCCCGGCCACCUUCUGGAAACUCAAACAAUCUCAGCCAGACUCACUUCGCAGGACCCAACGGAACUGGUCCUGGUCCUGAAUCAAGUCCACUAGCCCCAUCUGCACAGGCAUAUUCGGGCCCACUCAGCAAAGAAGCCAAGGCCCUUCCACAGCGGAAACCUAGAUCAAGCCAACAUGAAGUGGCCAGUUCCUGAGGACCAUGAACACUGCCAUCUUCCAAAACUGGAUAACAGGAUUAUAGAACACACCUAGCUAGAGAUAUUAACAAAGGAAAGUUUACACUUGCUGUCCCUGUGCCACUUUCUCUUCCCCAUCAUUCCAUUCUGGGAAAGCAGCUUCCUAGUGCUUCUCCUACCCUUGCUUCCUGCUGUGUGACAUGGGUCAGGCUUUAGUGGAAAAAUGCACGCACUCUGUCCUGGUGUGGCCCUGGCAAACCACCUCUUGCCACCUCCUUUGCAUUCUAUGGCUCCUCGUGCUCUGGUGCAGCCCAAGAGCAGAAAGGAAGGGGGGAUGUCUUCCAAGAGCCCCAGCCCUACCACCUCUGUCCCCCUUUCCUGAAUGCUGAUAGCCAGGCCUUACUUUAACAGCAAAGUUAUUCAUGCUGGCAAUGAAACAAAUUGCUGUGAAUUGCAAAACCAAGAUGAGAGAUUCACAUGGGAGGAGCCAUAAGAGACUGGGGUGUUUGUUUUCUUUUUACAUCUUACUGAAAUACUAUACUUGGGAAUGCUGGGCUUGUAUGUCUCUUCUAUCAGAGGAUGAGAUAUAUCUGGUCCUCCUGGGAGAAGCAACAUUCUGUCUGUCUGUCAUGUAUAAAUUUAGAUGUUCCCUAUUUUCUUCUAUUUUUUAUUGUUCAGUAAGGGCUGGAAGUUUCAUUUGUUCACUUCCCAGCCACAAUCCCACCAUCUGAUCCUAAACUAAAUUUCUAACAAUUUAAUUAGCAGUGCUAAUCCUAGGUGAUUGCAAACAAAAACAAGUUGCUACAAUCUUUCUCUAUCCUUGUAUAAAUAAAAGCGACGUACAUGUUUAAAACA